AUGCUGCGCCUAGCCGCCCGCCGACUCCCGUCUCUUUGCCUUCCCAUCGCUCGGGGUUUUGCAAAGGAUGUUAAGUUCGGAGCAGACGCUCGCUCCGCCAUGCUUGUUGGUGUUGACAUCCUUGCUGAUGCAGUAGCUACAACCAUGGGGCCGAAGGGCAGGAACGUGAUUUUAGAGAGUACCUGGCGUUCUCCUAAAAUCACAAAGGAUGGCGUUACUGUGGCCAAGGGAAUUGAAUUAAAGGACAAGUUCCAAAAUAUUGGCGCAAAACUGGUUCAGGACGUCGCGAAUAACACGAACGAGGAGGCAGGGGAUGGUACUACCACUGCUACUAUCCUCGCCCGAGCUAUCGCAAAGGAGGGCUUUGAGAAAAUCAGCAAGGGCACUAACCCAAUCGAGUUCCGACGUGGAGUCAUGGUUGCUGUUGAUGCCGCUGUGAAGCAUCUAAAAGAAAUGUCGAAGCCCGUGACAACGCCCGAGGAAGUGUGCCAGGUUGCGACUAUUUCUGCAAACGGCGAGAAAACUAUCGGUGAGCUCAUCUCUACUGCGAUGAAGAAGGUGGGAAAUGAUGGGACCAUCACGGUUAAGGUAAGGUAAAUUAAAGGAAUUAACGGUUUAAGGAUGGGAAAACUCUUAACGACGAGGUUGAAUUCAUUGAAGGGAUGAAGUUCGACCGCGGCUACAUAUCACCUUACUUUAUCAACACCGACAAGGGUGCUCGGUGUGAGUACCAGGAUGCAUACGUUCUCUUCAGCGAAAAGAAAAUCAACAACAUCCAGACCCUAAUUCCCGUCCUGGAGUUGGUUCACCAGCAAAAACGCCCUUUGGUAAUUAUCGCUGAGGAUGUGGAGGGUGAAGCCCUUACCGCGCUCGUGUUGAACCGCCUGAAGCUUGGUCUGCAGGUUUGUGCCGUCAAGUCCCCGGGAUUUGGUGAGAACCGCAAGAAUACUCUCCGCGAUAUGGCCAUUGCCGCUGGUGGAGUCGUAAGUUGCUCCCUUGUACCCGUUUGAUUUCCAUGCAGUUGUCUAAUUGUCCCUGUCGCUUUCCCCACCGAAUUAUUGGUUCAACGCCAUAUCAUGUUUUUGUCGCUUUGUGUAUAUUUACUAACUGUACUCAAAUUGCCUCGGUUUAACCCUUCUCACGUACAGGUGUUCGGAGACGAGGCUGACAUGUUCAAAUUGGAAGAUGCGCAGCUACAUGAUCUCGGCCGGGUCGCAGAAGUAAUCGUCACGAAGGACGACUGCCUACUUAUGCGUGGUCACGGCAAAAAAGAGGACAUUGACCGGCGAGUCUCCCAACUUAAGGAAGAGAUAAAGGCUAGCACAAGCGACUAUGAGAAGGAGAAGAUGCAGGAAAGACUGGCAAAACUUUCGAACGGUGUCGCAGUUAUCAAAGUCGGUGGGAGUAGUGAAGUUGAGGUGUCGGAGAAAAAAGACCGCUAUACUGACGCGUUGAACUCCACUCGUGCCGCAGUUGAAGAAGGAAUCGUACCGGGGGGUGGGACGGCUCUCCUGAGGUGUAUCCCAGUGCUUCAAAAACUUCAGACGAAGAAUAACGACCAGAAAAUCGGUGAGAAUCAGCUGCCUUCCAUUUCCAUUUUUUACUCGAGAGAUAUGCCCCUAAGGCCCCUAUUUCUUUUUAGGUGUCGACAUCGUCAUAAAAGCUCUGAUGACCCCGGCCUUCACCAUCGCCUCUAAUGCAGGGGUUAAUGGCUCGCUCGUCGUGGAGAAGGUGAUGUCCUUACCUUUCGCGGAGGGCUACGAUGCCUCGAGUGACAAGUACUGUGAUCUGAUUGCUUCUGGCAUAAUUGACCCUACAAAGGUCGUCAGGUCGGCCCUUGUUGCAGCUGCUGGUGUUGCUUCCUUGCUGACUACCGCCGAGGCUGUCGUCGUAGAACUGCCGAAAGAAGAACCACAGGCUGCGCCUGGCAUGGGUGGUAUGGGCGGAAUGGGGGGAAUGGGUGGCGGCAUGGGAAUGAUGUAG